GGCGUCAAGGGAUGAUUUCCUCUCAAAUCCCCUAAUAAAGAAUCUCUGGCAGAUGUGUCAAGGUUUUUGAUACACACACACACACACACACACACACAAAUUCCCAACCGGUCGGGAUCUGCUCCCCCGGGGGAAACGCCUUCUCGCCUCGGACCCGUUCUGUUUUAAUUAGCCUCCCGGUGCCGCGGGUAAUUACGGCAACGAGCCGCAAAUGAACCGUAACGAACCGCAAAAUUCCUCAAAGAAAAAAAAACCUCACACUAGACGCGGCGCGAGGCGUGUGAUUAAUAACCGUCACUCAGGCGUCGGCGGGGGGGAAAGGGCGCGAGAGGAGUUGACACGCAUUACCCUCAGCGCUGCGCGAGACCCGUAUGUCAGCCCCCUCGCGCCUCCCGCGCUUCCACAAUCAUUUCCCGCCAAUGAUCAGGAGGUGUCCGCAACAGCGCUUCCUCACCUCACACCCCCGUCAGCCACACGCAGCGCGACACACACACACACACACACACACACACACACACCGGGAGGAGCCGUCUACCCUCCGUCACCCAUACCCGCCCCUGAGGACGGUGCGUCGUUGGCGGCGUCAAUAUUAUUUAUUAUUCCCGUUAGUCUCGGUAUUUAGCGCCGCAGCUGCUCACGGUGAUCGUUAAAACGGACGCGUCUCGUUGUUUUGAGCCGCGUGUUUUUUCUUGUAACGGGGAUUAUUGAGGCGGCAUCAGCGCGCGGUGAUGCUCUCCGUUAAAGGAUCGUGAAGCGUCGCGAGUCUAAAGGACCAUUGCCGUGGAUGGUUUGGCGUUUGUGCGUGUUUGUUUUGCUCUGAUGGCGAACAUGAGCAGUAGUGUGUGCAUGGAAACCCCACACACUCAUGGCCACGCCCACGGCCACACCCACAACUACAACCCCACCCCUGGGCGGGACUUUCCUCUGCAGAUCGACUCGUGCAUGAACCCCGUGUUGGACUACAGCGCGCAGAUGGAGCGCUACCGCUCAUUCGCCACCUUCUAUAAGAACAGCACAGCUGCCGCGGCCGCAGCUGCCGCUACCCCAUUUCCCCAGACUGCAAAAAUCGCCCGAAUUGCCACACCCCUCUUCCCCUCGGCACGCCUAUCAGCAAUGCCGCCCUGGCCCUGCGACAACGCAAUGCUAUGGGGGCGAAAGCCCACCGCGGUUAAUGUUAACGGACCUCACACACAUCGGACUGGUAUGUCAAGGGCGGAGCAGGUGAAUGUGCACAUGUCCGCCAAACACAUUCCACAAGACUCCGCCCUCCAGAUGGGCGCUGACAACUUCCUGUCGCCGCUAGCCGCGGAGCAAUGCCGCGGUCUUCCCGUAACGGGCGCCGAGUGCAUGAACCGACUGAAGUGCCCGUCAUCUGUGCCGCCUAGCGGAGCCGGAGAGACGGACCGUGGCGGGACAUUCGGAGGGAUGCCCCCAUUGGGGGGUCUGUCGCUGCCACCGGGGGUCAUCGUCAUGACGACGCUUCACUCUGGUGCAGGGUCGUCAGGGGUCACGAUGUCAGACAGCGCGUUUCAGAUUGCCAACGUGGCGGCGGACUGCCAGCACAGCGGCUCGUCCUGCUCCGGUUCGCCCGCCGCUCUUAACGGAAACGUCAACGGCAGCUGCAGCAGCAACGGUAGCGGAGCGGCUAAGCGCAAGCGUAAGCGCUGCGGCGUGUGCGCCCCCUGCAGGAGGCUCAUUAACUGCGGCGUGUGCAGCUCCUGUCGAAACAGAAAGACGGGUCAUCAGAUCUGCAAGUUCAGAAAGUGUGAAGAACUGAAGAAGAAACCCGGCAGCACGAUGGAGAGAGCACCGUCAGCCGGAGCCGCAGACACCUUCCGCUGGUUCUUCUGAAGAACCCGCCACCAAUCCACGUCACAAAACUGGACUCGAACACUAGAAGAUCAGAUCACCGCCCUCCUCUCUCUCUAGCCCUUCCCCUCAGGACAGCACUGAAGAGACGUCGAGGGCAAGUCUCUGGGUCUCAGACCGACCUCACCUCAACCAAACACUAACGGACGUAGAGAAACAGAGACUUCAGUCGUAUCAGGACCCCAUCCGAGCUUAAAGGAAUAGUUCACCUGAAAGCCAACAUACAGUUGUCAUUUACUCACCCUCAUGUCGUUUAUCAAUCACUCGCUUUCUUCAGAAGACAAAAGGAGGUUGUACUGAAGCAAAUGAGGUCCGUCAAACUCUAAACUCACAAAACAAAUUGCAUAAAAGCUGUCCAUAUAAGAUUAAUGCACUAGGUUUUCUGAAGUCGGUUUUCUGUUGGGAAAAGAUUUGUCACAAACCAUCAACUUUAGAAGACAUCAUGGAUCAGUUCCCUUUUUAUUUGAUUGAAAGAAGCAACAAUGAUAUACUUUAAAAAUGCAUUGUUUUUCCACAAUAGAAAGUCUAUAUGAUUGAUGCACUACGAGUUCUCAAGUCAUGAUCGUUUUGUGUUGGGAAAAGACUAGAAAUCAGAUCAGAAACGAUCAUUUUUGCUCUUCCUUCAUUUGAUUGAAUCAGGAUAUUAUUGAAAAGUUCACCUUGCUCCACAGAAAGAAGUCCAUACGAUUGAUGCACUAUAUUUUAGGUUCUCUGAAGCCAGUUUUGAGUUGCAAAAAGACUCUUUUUCUUCCUUUCAGGACCAAACAACCAUUUUACAUCCCCUUUCAUUUGAUCAACCAGGAUAUUCUUUAAAAAUCCACUGUGUUUUACAGAAGAAAGAAAGCCAGAGGUUAUAAAAGCAAGUGCAUACGAUUGAUAUUCCAGGUUCCCUGAUAUCAGUUUUGUUGAGAAAAUAAUUAAAGAUUUUCAACCAUUUGACCUCCUCUUUCGUUUGAUUGAAAGGAAAACCCAGGAUAUUAUUGAAAAAACUAUCCUUGUUCCACAGAAGAACGUAAGUCAUAAAGGUUUGGGGCGAGCAAAUGACGACAGAAAAGGUGAAUCUCUGAGCGAACGAUUCCUUUAGACCUCCUUUCUGUUGCAUGGGUAGAAAAGUGUUUUGUUUCUAACUGAAGACUUUAAGAAGAUCUUUGUUUAUUGCUGUUGUGACGCCUCACUGUCUUGAUGAGUAAGAGACUCUUAGGAUGGCUUGUUGAUUAAAUGUGAUCCUUUUUGAACUGUG